AUGCUCUUUGGGAUACCGAAGCUCGACAAAUUAAAGCUGACCACGCAUCUGCUCGAUGAUCCCGUCGAUCGACUUAACUACAAGGGAGCUGCGACGGUGAUUUUCUUUCUCGCUGCCAUGGUCUCAGCUAAACAAUUUACGGGACAACCAAUCCAAUGCUGGGCCUCGGCUGAAUUUGAAAAGAGUUGGAUCGAUUACGCGCACGACUAUUGCCUAGUACAAAGCACUUACUUUGCCGCACUCCCAAGCGAAAGAGCAAAUGUAACGGCUUUUGCAGGAGACGAAGCUGUUGGAGAAAAGGAGGUACAACAUUCAUAUUAUCAAUGGGUCCCCGUUGUUCUUGGACUUCAGGCGGUUGCCUUCUUAAUUCCCAACUGGAUUUGGACUGCGCUGGUCAAAUUUUUUGGUAUUGAAUUGGAAGGCUGCAUCCAGUCAGCGGAGAAAGCCAGAGGAGCGACAGAGCGAGAAGAACGCGCAAAACACAUUGACAACGUCGUUACGGUUUUGGCUGAAGGCGUCGGUUUGCGCGAUCGGGAUCGUUAUCGACAACGGGAUCGCUACCACAAAUUCGGAGCCGACUACCUCUCAAACGCCGUCACCACCUUGUACCUGUCAACGAAGCUUCUCUAUGUGAUCAACCUACUUGCUCAAUUGUUUGUGCUGAGCACUUUCCUUGGAUUCAAUAACGUGUUUUGGGGAUUAACGAGUGUCUAUGAGGUGUUUCUCGGAAGUGGCUGGGGAGAGACUGGCUUGUUUCCACGCGUCACAUACUGCGAUUUCGGAGUGCGCGCUUUCCACGGAUGGAGGCCAUACACAUGGUUGAAGCACGCUCCCGACUUUAAUGAAGCCUACAUGCAGCGGUUUAUUCAGGAGGCAUUGAAAUCUGAUGGUUUACUCGUUUUGCGGUUCAUAGAGUAUCAUGCUGGUCUUUCUGUUGCUCGCGAAGUUGCCACGAAAUUGUGGAUUGAAUACAUCAACCCAGGCGACGAGAACAGCACAAUGAUCAGCAUUCCACCAGUGAAAAACGGCGACGAGUUCACUCGAUGUGAUCGAAAGAAGAGCAGCAGCGAACUCUCUCGGAUCUCGGAAGGAUCCGACAUCGGAUCGCUGAAGGCG